AUGAAUUCUGAUUCGAGCUCUGUCUCCAGCAGAGCUUCGUCUCCGGACAUGGAUGAGAUGUAUCUGAGGGACCACCACCACCGCCACCACCACCACCAGGAGAGCCGUCUCAACUCGGUCUCCUCCACGCAGGGCGACUUGGUGCAGAAGAUGCCCGGAGAAAGCCUCUCGCGGGCCGGCGCCAAGGCUGCGGGUGAGAGCAGCAAGUACAAAAUCAAGAAGCAGCUGUCGGAGCAGGACCUACAGCAGCUGCGGCUGAAGAUCAACGGACGCGAACGCAAGAGGAUGCACGACCUGAACCUCGCCAUGGACGGGCUGCGCGAGGUCAUGCCCUAUGCGCACGGGCCUUCGGUGCGAAAGCUCUCCAAGAUCGCCACUCUCCUGCUGGCCAGAAACUACAUCCUCAUGCUCACCAGCUCUCUAGAGGAGAUGAAGAGGUUGGUUGGAGAGAUCUACGGAGGCCACCACUCGGCCUUCCACUGCGGGACCGUGAGCCAUUCGGCCGGCCACCCAGCUCACGCCGCCAACGCUGUGCACCCAGUGCACCCCAUCCUGGGUGGCGCGUUGUCGUCCGGCAAUGCCUCAUCACCGCUGUCCGCAGCCUCGCUGCCCGCCAUCGGCACCAUUCGGCCUCCCCACUCUCUGCUCAAAGCGCCCUCUACGCCGCCCGCGCUACAGCUGGGCAGCAGCUUCCAGCACUGGGCCGGGCUGCCCUGCCCCUGCACCAUCUGCCAGAUGCCGCCUCCACCGCACCUGUCCGCUCUCUCUACAGCCAACAUGGCCCGGCUGUCCGCUGAGUCCAAGGACUUGCUCAAGUGA